GUAUUUUUGUGAUAAUUUGUAUAAAAAAUAAACAUAUUUUCCGGAGAUUAUGGAGCGAAAAUGAUAGCCUGUAACCAGAUUAUGGUGAAAUGAAGAGACUUACUUGUCUAAUACGAAGAUGAAGAUAGAAGUGCUUCUGGCAGCGAUUAUACAUCUGUCUGUUGCCAGCGCUGUUGAAUUGUCACAAUGCAUAGCGCCUUUGGGAAUGGAAAGUGGUGCGAUACCGGAUGAAUUCAUAACAGCUAGUUCAUCGUUUGAUAGUAAAAAUGUGGGUCCACAACAUGGACGAUUAAAAAAAGAAAUCAACGGUGGUGCAUGGUGUCCAAAGAACCAAAUUACAAAAGAACCAAAAGAAUGGAUUGAAAUAAAUCUAAGACAAGUACACUUAAUAACUGCAACGGGUACACAGGGACGUUUUGGAAAUGGUCAGGGUGUAGAAUUUGCUGAAGCGUAUGUUUUAGAAUAUUGGCGACCAAAAUUAGGAAAAUGGUAUAGAUAUAGAGAUUAUAAAGGUGAAGAAGUUAUUCCAGCUAAUACCAAUACAUAUUUGGAAUCCAAAUAUAGUUUAAAUCCACCAGUUUGGGCAAGUAAAAUACGAUUUUUACCGUACAGCUAUCAUACUCGUACGGUAUGUAUGAGAGUGGAAAUUUAUGGAUGUUAUUGGAAUGAUGGCAUUAUUAGUUACUCAAUGCCUCAAGGAGAUAAACGUGGAGGUGGAUGGGAAUUUUUCGAUGCAACGUAUGACGGAUAUUGGGAUGGAGAACUUAAACGUGGAUUAGGUCAGUUGACAGAUGGUAAAAUUGGACCAGACAAUUUUAAAGCUGGAUAUUAUGAACAGGGUCAAGGAUGGGUUGGUUGGAAAAAUGAUACUCGAAAUGGUCAACCAAUUGAAAUCAAAUUUGAAUUUGAUACUGUUAGAGAAUUUACUGAUGUUCAUAUAUUUUGCAAUAAUCAAUUUACACGAGAUGUACAGGUUUUCCAAGAAGCUAAAAUUUGGUUCAGUAUAGGUGGAGAAUUUUAUUUAGGCGAACCAAUUGUUUAUACUUAUAUGGAGGACAGAAUAUUUGAAUCAUCACGAAAUGUCAGUAUUAAAUUGCAUCACCGUAUAGGUCGUUUUGUUAAAAUUCAACUAACCUUUGCAUCGAAAUGGAUAAUGAUUAGUGAAAUAAUGUUUGAUUCAGGUGUAGCUCACGGAACAUUUGAUGUUGAAACACCAGCAACUCCAACUGUUGAUAAAUUACCAAUUCAUAGUGAUGUACGUGUUCAUAAACAUAACGAAUCAGAAUUACCAAUAUCAACCGCCAAACCUGAAGAUCCAAUAUUUAUGGCAAUUAUAAUUGGAAUAUUAAUGGCCAUAAUUUUUUUAUUAGCUGUAGCAAUAUUUAUUAUUAUAAAUCGUCAUAGACAACGUAAAUGUUUUGCUAGUCCCUUAACAGCAAAAUCACGUCUUGAAGAGAAUCAACUGAGUUCGGCAUGCACAACAAAUGAAAAAGGAGUGCCUUCUGUUGCAUAUGGAAUUACAAAUGUUGAUGAUUUAAAUCAUAGUGGUAAAGUAUCAGCAAUGUUAAAUAUUAGUGGACGCUCAACAUUGGUUAGUUCAUGUAUAGAUAAUAAUAUUGAUAUGCGCUUGGAUGAAUAUCAGGAACCGUAUCAAGCAUUAAAAUAUGCACCAUAUUAUAGUUAUAGUGCUGUUGUUAUGGAAAUGAAGGAUAUGAUGCCUAAUAAAUGUGAAGAUUCAUCCUAUGAUUAUGCAGUUCCAGCAGAAAUGGGAACUGUACCACUCCUAAAUUCCGAUAGUACACUAUUAGUCACAAAUAGAACUUUAAAUAAGUGUUUAACUGAUACAUUACCAAAAUGUGAGAAAAUUGACGAAUUAAAGUUAACUUCUCAGAACGAUAUAUUAAACGCAUUAAAAAUAAAAUUAGAAACCACAGUAGUUCCUGAAUUUCCAAGACAUCGAUUACGGAUGGUUUCAAAAUUAGCAGAAGGCACAUUCGGCACGGUAUAUAUAGCAGAAGCAGAUGGUAUUGCCGAGUAUGCUACACAAACUACAUUAGGAAAAAGAUUAGUCGCAGUGAAAUUUCUUUUGCAGGAUGCCGCUGAGAAAGACAAGCAAUUUUUCCAUAGGGAUGUUCGUAUUUUAGCUGCUUUAGAGGAUGUGAAUAUAUCAAGAGUGUUAGGUAUUUGUAGUAAAGAUGAACCAAUUUGUGUUAUUAUGGAAUAUUUAGAACAUGGUGAUUUAUGCACAUUUUUGAAAAAUCAUCUAACAGUAGACAAUCGUAUAUUGCCUUUAGAAUAUAAGGCUAUUAGCUUUAAUUGUCUUCUUUAUAUAGCUACUCAAAUUGCUUCUGGUAUGAGAUAUUUAGAAACUUUAAAUUUCGUUCAUCGUGACUUGGCUACAAGAAACUGCCUUGUAGGAAAAGCAUAUCAAAUAAAAAUAUCCGACUUUGGAACGGGAAAUGAAGUCUACGCAAACGAUUAUUAUAAAGUAGAUGGAAAUAUUCCACUUCCAAUACGAUGGAUGGCAUGGGAAUCCGUAUUUCUCGGCAAAUAUACAACGAAAAGUGAUGUGUGGUCAUUUGCUGUUACUUUAUGGGAAAUAUUAACAUUAGCACGUCGGCAACCAUAUGAAGGAUUAAGUGAUCCACAAGUUCUUGAAAAUUUGGCACAUAUGCACCAUGAUAAUGGACAAUUCACUUACUUACCAAAAACUGCAAAUAAUGUUAAAGAUAUUUAUGAAUUAAUGUGUGAAUGUUGGAAACGGAAUGCUUCAGAACGACCUAGUUUUCAAGAAAUACAUUUAUUCUUACAAAGAAAAAAUUUGGGAUAUGCGCCAAUUUAAUGACAAAAAUUAUAUAAGAACUCU